GGACUCCUCAAUGCGGAUAUUACAGGGAACUCCCUCCCCCCCCACUGUCUCUCUCUCUCUCUCUGUGUCUGUCCUCACGCCGGCCUGGGCCGAGGGCAUUUAUUUAAACCCCGGGGAGCUGCGGCCAGGACAAGAAGUUUAACCCCUGCCUCACUCAGAAUGGCCCAGCCUGUGCUGUACCUCGCUCCGCACCCCCACAGCUUCCAGAAUGCGAAGGUGCUGGUCACGCUGGAGUACGGCCGCUCCGAAUUGGGACAGGUGGACGUCCGAGGACCAGCCGCGGGGGACGCCCACAGCCAUCUGGCAACGUCCAGGUUGCCGGCCUUGGAGGCCGACUCCAACCGCUGCCUCCAGGGAGCGGCGGCCGUGUCCCAUUACCUGGCCCCUGGCAGGAUGAAGGGCUCCAGCGCCAAGGAUUCUGCCUUGGUACAGCAGUGGAUAAACUUGGCGGACAGCGAAAUCGUUCAACCGGCCUGUGCUUGGGUUUUCCCAGAGCUGGGCUUGAUGAAGCACAACAAAAAGGCCGUUGAAAGAGCCCAGCUGGACCUGAAGAAAAUCCUGCGACUUCUCGAUGACCACCUGAAGCUGCGAACCUACUUGGUCGGGGAGGGAGUCACCUUGGCAGAUAUUGCCGUCAGCUGCUCCUUGCUGCUGCCCUACAAACACGUCUUCGAGCCGCACUUCAGGAAACCCUACGUUAACGUGAACCGUUGGUUCCUGACCUGCGUGAACCAGCCUGAGUUUGUCCAAGCACUGGGAGAGGUGACGCUGUGUGAGCGGAUCGUCCCUGGGGCCGGGCAGCAGGGGCAGCAGGAUAUGGUGGCCCCGGAACCGGAACCGGCCCCAACGCCGGAAGAGCCGGCGGUGAAGAAGACACCUGCUCAGCUGAAGAAGGAGGCGUUGAAGAGAGAGAAAAUGGAGAAGUUCCUGCAGAAACAGGACAAGCUGAAGGAGCAACAGCAGCGGCAGCCAGAGGUCAGCGAGGGGGCUACAGCCCCUCACGUGCUGUUGUUUACUUCUGUAGAUGUGACCUGCCCAAUGCCGGAUUCCUACAGCCCACAGUAUGUCGAAGCAGCCUGGUACCCCUGGUGGGAAAAGCAAGGCUUUUUCAAACCCGAAUACACGCACAGUAUCUCGGAGCCGAACCCGAAGGGGACGUUUAUGAUCUGUAUCCCUCCGCCCAAUGUGACAGGAUCCCUGCAUCUGGGCCACGCUCUCACCAACGCAAUCCAGGAUUCUCUGACUCGCUGGCACCGAAUGCGCGGAGAAACCACCCUGUGGAACCCGGGAUGUGAUCACGCUGGCAUCGCCACACAGGUAGUGGUGGAGAAACGGCUGUGGCGCCAGUCCAGGAAGACCCGGCACGACCUGGGCCGGCAGAGCUUCGUCGAGGAAGUGUGGAAGUGGAAGAACGAGAAAGGCGACCGGAUUUACCACCAGCUGCGGAAACUGGGCUCCUCUCUGGACUGGGAUCGUGCCUGCUUCACCAUGGACGCAAAACUCUCGAGAGCGGUCGAGGAAGCUUUCAUCAGGCUGCACGACGAGGGGGUGAUCUAUCGCAGCACGCGACUGGUCAACUGGUCCUGCACGCUCAACUCUGCCAUCUCUGAUAUCGAGGUGGACAAGAAAGAGCUGGCAGGACGGACCCUGCUCCCUGUGCCCAGUUACAAGGACAAGGUGGAAUUCGGGGUCCUCGUCUCCUUUGCCUACAAGAUCGAUGGGUCGGAUGAGGAGGUGGUGGUGGCUACCACUCGCAUUGAGACCAUGCUGGGCGAUACCGCAGUUGCUGUGCACCCUCGGGACCCCAGAUACCAGAAUUUGAAAGGAAAGUUUGUCGUUCAUCCUUUCUGCAACCGAAAAAUGGCCAUCGUCUUCGAUGAGUUUGUGGACAUGAGUUUUGGAACAGGGGCCGUAAAAAUCACCCCAGCUCACGACCAGAACGAUUAUGAAGUGGGCUUGAGGCACAAUCUCGAAUUUAUAAACAUCAUGGACGAUAAUGGCUUUCUGAUCAACGUCCCUGAGCCGUUCUUGUAUAGACCCAGAGUCCUCAAGCAUUCCUUUGGCGUGGCUGUCCACACUGGGACUCGAACCCACGACCCUGUGACUCCCAAGCAGGGGUGCAGCCUGAUCGAUCCCAUCUGCGCCUGUCGUCGUUGUCACAAAGCCCUGUCCGCCUUCGGGCUGGAUAAACGGACAGAAACCGCAAGCCUGGUCACCUCCUGCAGACUUUGA